GGCAGCAGAUAUAGGAAUGGCGCCAUUGAAGUCACUGCCAUCACACACUUCAUUUUUAUCAAAUCAACUUUUAUUUUACAGGAAUUUACGAAUAAGCUUGCAUAGAUUCGAAUUUACUUAUUUUUUGUGUGUCUUUAAUAGGCUCAGUAACAUGUGAUGGAAAAAAUAUAUCGGACGUUAGUUGUUCUAAUAAUCAAUAUAUGGUGAUAAAAGUUGCAGAAUAUCGUGGAUUGAGAAACGGAAGCAUUUGUGGCUCAAGUUUUGAUUACAAUUGUAGUGUCGAUGUAACAUGUGACCUUAAAAAUUACUGUGAUGGUGAAAGAAAAUGUAAUGUAACUGUUGAUGAUAAUCAUUUCCCUUCAAAUAUUUGUCCUGGUUUGGAGAAAUAUCUUUACUUUGAAUAUCAAUGUAACUACACAAGUAUGCCAUACAGAAAAAUUUGCAAUCGUCAUGUUUGUGAUAAUCCUCUAUUAAAAAACGCAGAAAAAUUCCCAGAUUCUUUGUUUACUGCCUUCCCAAAGAGUCGUAGUGCUGCUAAAGCAAGAAUAUCCAGUGGUAGUUCAUGGUGUGCUCCUGCUGCUAAUGGCAAUCAUUACCUUCAACUGAAUUUUCCGAGUCUUUAUACAGUUAACGUUCUCACUAUCUUUGGAGACAGUUCAAGUUCAAGCUUUAUAACUAAAUAUCACUUGCAGACAAACAUUGAUGGUGUGAACUGGAAAUCUGAAAAAUCCCAGAAGAUUUAUCUAGAAAACAAUGAUGCGGCUGUAGAAAAGUUUUCUGGUGGCCUUAAAUCCAAAGCUUUGCGAAUCUUUCCAUUGAAAUUUGUUGGUGCACCGUGUUUACGAAUUGAAAUUUGUGGUGGAGACUUACUCCCAGACAAACCAACAGAUCUCAUUGCAACCAAAUCUGCAUCGACGUACCUCGAGAUAUCAUGGAAACAUCCCAAAAACUGGUGUAAAACUUGGUACAAAUAUCUCGAAUCCUCUUACAAGAUAUCUAUUGAUUUUGCUGAAGGAUACUAUGAUUGUUUUGAUAAAACUCUGGAGGUAACUGACAAAAAACCGUACAACAUUACGAAUCUUGUUCCUUACGCAACGUAUAAAGUUAAUGUAACCGCUGGCAAUUCUGAAGGCUUUGGUAGAUCAACUACAGCUACUUUUAGAACUGCUGAAGAUGUUCCCGAAGGUCCACCUUUAAAUGUUCAAAUUGUCGUCUUAAGCAGUUCAUCGUUAUCAGUUACGUGGGAGCCACCAGACAAGAAGAAAACAAAUGGAAAGAUAGUCAGUUACACUGUUUGUAUUACACAUUUGGAGAAUGAAAUCUGUUCAAUAAAGUAUAUGAUCGAGGAACAGCGUUUGGACAUAAAUAAUGUGAAACCAGGGACAAAAUAUUAUGUUCGUGUUUUAGCUUCUACAAUAGUGGGAUCUGGAUGUUACAGCAAUGUUACAUGGGUAUUUACAAAUGGAUUGGCACCUGAACUGUCCACCAAGCAGAUUGGAAAUACGUUGACUUAUUUGUUGCAAAAUCCAAAUGUGGAAUAUCGAUAUUUUUAUGUAGUCGCGAUGAAAAAUGUCACAGAAGAGAGUCGACUGCCUUCUAACUUUAAAAACACAGACUUAGUGACUUAUUCUAAGGCCAUAUCUUCCACACAAUCAAUGCCGUAUAUUGCUGCUGUAGUCUCUCGCAGAGACUUUAAGCCUGAUUUUACACUUGGUGACGGUGAAAACACAACACGGCGUUCCAAUGGUGAAAAUUAUUAUAAUGGCCCGCUAAAGCCUGGCACUAAAUACAAAAUAUUUCAGCGCGUUUUCAUAAAUGAUCAGGGUGAUUAUUAUUCCACUGACUGGAGUCCAGUGGCAGCAACUCCCCAAAAGCACAAGUCUUCAGUUCCCGAAGGUCCACCUUUAAAUGUUCAAAUUGUCGCCUUAAGCAGUUCAUCGUUAUCAGUUACGUGGGAGCCACCAGACAAGAACAAAACAAAUGGAAAGAUAGUCAAUUACACUGUUUGUAUUACACAUUUGGAGAAUGAAACCUGUUCAAUGAAGUAUAUGAUCGAGGAACAGCGUUUGGACAUAAAUAAUGUGAAACCAGGGACAAAAUAUUAUGUUCGUGUUUUAGCUUCUACAAUAGUGGGAUCUGGAUGUUACAGCAAUGUUACAUGGGUAUUUACAAAUGGAUUGGAGCCUGAACUGUCCACCGAUCAGAUUGGAAAUACGUUGACUUAUUUGUUGCAAAAUCCAAAUUUGGAAUAUCGAUAUUUCUAUGUAGUCGCGAUGAAAAAUGUCACAGAAGAGAGUCGAUUGCCUUCUAACUUUAACAACACAGACUUAGUGACGUAUUCUAUGGCCAUGUCUUCCACACAACCAAUGCCGUAUAUUGCUGCUGUAGUCUCUCGCAGAGACUUUAAGCCUAAUUUUACACUUGGUCAUGCUGAAAACACAACACGGCGUUCCAAUGGUGAAAAUUAUUAUAAUGGCCCGCUAAAGCCUGGCACUAGCUACAAAAUAUUUCUGCGCGUUUUCAUAAAUGAUCAGGGUGAUUAUUAUUCCACUGACUGGAGUCCAGUGGCAGCAACUGCCCAAAAGCACAAGUCUGAAAGACCCAUGACGGCAACUGCCCAAAGCACAGACGGUGGAAAAAUUGGAGCCAUUGCUGGUGCAGUUGUAGCUGCAAUUUUGCUCAUUAUUUUGUCAUAUUGGUCAUUCUUUUUGUUAGGAUCAAUUCAAACUCUGCUACAGUGCAGUGAACUGCGUAUUGUAGUUAUUUGACGGCUACUAAAAGUUCUCAAAAAUGGGGAAGUUGAAUUUUUCAUGAAAUUAUUAGACGUUUUCUGAAAUUUAACGUACUAUAGAAGAAUAUGAUUAAGCAUAGAAUUUUUUUUUUUAACUAUAAGAGUGAACGAGAGUGAAUGAUUCUGAAGAGUAUUUGAAAACAAUUUGGAACAUAACAUCAAAUUUUUAGGCUAAGGAUGUAGUCAAUAUUUGAAAUAGGAUAAAAGUUGUAAUACUUUUUAUCUAAGUACAUUAAAUAAGAAAUAAAGUUAAAUUACAAACAAA